AGGACCCGCCCCUAGACGGCUUUGGAGGCCUGUGUGUGGAGAAAAGCCUCCAGGGAGAGCGGCUCUGGCCUCCAACCUUCGCCCCCUGCCCUCCAAGCUUUCCCACAGCCCAAGAUGGCGGCCGGUGUGGAUUUUGGCGACCUAGAGCUCUUCGAGGCGUUUGACCCACCAGAGGAGUCGACGCCGAAGCCCGUUCACACCCGGUUCAAGGACGACGAGGAGGAAGAGGACGACGACGACGACGAGAACGGGGUGGGCGAUGCGGAGCUGCAGGAGCAGCUCCGGCGCUGCGAGGCCACCAUCGAGCAGCUCCGCGCCGAGAAUCAAGAACUUAAAAGAAAGUUGAACAUUCUGACAAGACCCAGUGGUAUACUGGUGAGCAAUACUAAGAUAGAUGGACCGUUACUACAAAUUCUAUUUAUGAACAAUGCUAUCUCAAAGCAAUACCACCAAGAAAUAGAGGAGUUUGUAUCAAACUUAGUAAAACGAUUUGAGGAACAGCAAAAAAAUGACGUGGAAAAGACUUCCUUCAGCCUUUUACCCCAGCCGUCCAGUGUUAUGUUGGAAGAGGACCAUAAAGUGGAAGAAUCAUGUGCCGUUAAAAACAACAAGGAAGCUUUUAGUGUUGUAGGAAGUGUCCUGUAUUUUACUAAUUUUUGCCUUGAUAAAUUGGGGCAACCGCUACUAAAUGAAAACCCUCAGCUUACGGAAGGAUGGGAAAUACCCAAGUACCAGCAAGUCUUCAGCCACAUUGUUCCUCUAGAAGGGCAAGAGAUGCAAGUGAAGGCAAAAAGGCCAAAGCCUCACUGUUUCAACUGUGGUUCUGAAGAGCAUCAGAUGAAGGAAUGCCCAAUGCCUCGGAAUGCUGCUCGGAUCAGUGAGAAGAGGAAAGAGUACAUGGAUGCCUGUGGCGAGGCCAGCGGCCAGAGCUUCCAGCAGCGCUAUCAUGCCGAAGAAGUAGAAGAGAGAUUUGGAAGAUUCAAGCCAGGAGUUAUUAGUGAGGAACUUCAAGAUGCACUGGGUGUGACAGACAAGAGUCUUCCCCCUUUCAUCUACCGGAUGCGCCAGCUGGGCUACCCACCGGGCUGGCUCAAGGAGGCUGAACUGGAGAAUUCUGGACUUGCACUCUAUGAUGGAAACGAUGACGCUGAUGGGGAAACAGAAACUGGAGAAAUACAGAAUAAAAAUGUCACCUACGAUCUCUCAAAAUUGGUAAACUAUCCAGGUUUUAAUAUAUCUACUCCCAGAGGUAUUCCAGAUGAAUGGAGAAUGUUCGGUUCCAUACCAAUGCAGGCGUGUCAACAGAAGGAUGUGUUUGCCAGUUACCUUAAUUCUAACAUCCAGUCGCCGAGUAUGAGAUCUAGCGGCAAGCGGUCUUCCUCGCAGUCCAGCCCUAACAGUCCAAAGAAGCAGCGAAAGGAGGGCAGUGCGGCGGCCUCCCCUGCCGACAUGGAGCUAGACUCAGAUGUAGAGAUUCCACCUGGUUCUCAGAGCAGCAAAGCAUUUCAGUUCCAACCACCGUUGCCUCCCGGAACACCGCCUCCACUCCCACAGGGAACUCCCCCGCCUCUCUUCACCCCUCCACUCCCUAAGGGAACCCCACCACUGACUCCCAGUGACUCACCCCAGGCCCGACCCGCAGCCUCAGCCAUGGAUGAGGAUGCCCUGACGCUGGAGGAGCUGGAAGAGCAGCAGAGGCAGAUCUGGGCGGCUCUCCAGCAGGCCGAGGGAGGGAAUGGCGACUCAGAUGUUCCUGGAGACACACCUUUAACUGGGAACUCAGUGGCCUCCUCCCCGUGUCCAAACGAGUUUGACCUCCCUGUCCCCGAAGGAAAGGCCCUGGAAAAGCCAGUGCUGGCUGAGCCCCAGGAACCAGCUGCUUCUGUAGACACAGCUGGACCCGAGCCAUCCUGCAGCCCAGCAGCAGGGGCAGCAGUGCUCUCUCAGAGAGAAGAGGAAGCUGCUGCUGAGGGGGGCCCGGGAGAUGCUCUUCUCGACAAUGGCGGUGUGUUGAACAUGAACAUGAGCAAUGGGAGCAACCAGCAGCCCAUUCACCCGGACAGCCGGCCUCCGAUGGCCCCAAAAACCCAUAGCCCAGUACCUGACAUGAGCAAGUUUGCCACUGGAAUAACACCCUUUGAAUUUGAGAACAUGGCUGAAUCCACUGGAAUGUACCUCAGGAUAAGAAACCUGUUGAAGAAUUCACCCCGAAAUCAGCAGAAAAACAAAAAGACUUGUGAGUGAGCCCUGGCUGCGUGGUGAUGUGCAGCUCUGAUUGUCCCACCAGCCUGAGGCCAGGUGACCCGUUUGUCCCUCCCACCUUUCAGAAUCUGGUGUAAUUGUGAUCUCGAGUCAAGGCUGUUUUACAGAAUGAAAGACUGGGUGUGAGUUUGUUCUUUUCUUCUCACUGACAGCAACCCAGAGUUUGCGUGCGGGAGCUGGUUCAGGGAUGCUUGGUCCGGGUUAGACUAUUUUUGGAUCGUGAGUGUCUGUCAAGAGUGAAGGGUUUUUUUUUUUAAUGUCUUUUGUAAAUUGUUUUCCCUUUCUACAUUUUGCUAUUAUCCUGUAUAUAUAAGCUUAAUAUAUCACUUUUUAAAGAAAAUUCUAACAAUUUUAAAUUCACAUUUCAAUUUCAACAACCAAAUGAGAACAAUCAGGGAUCGGCAGCUUGCUCCUGCUUGCUCGGGGUAUUUUUGUAAGAUUUUCAUGCAUGAUUUUAAUAACACUUUUACUUUUUGUAAUUUAAUUAUUCAAAUAUGCUUCCAAUAAAGGUGUGCUCACCUUUGUGUACAGAGGUUUAAUAAAUUAGUUUUCUUACACAUGAACCAAGACUUGGGUAGAUAUGACUCACAGUUCAAAUUGUUCUUUUAAACUUGAAUGAAAAUUAUGAGGUUGCAAAGAAACUGCAUGUUUGGCUGCUGUAAGUGGAUUCCAGCCUUACAUAUACUAAUAUAGAAACAAAAUUGUUUAAUUACUUUGGGCAAUUACUUUGCACAUGAUAAUAUUGUGGCUUCCAGCUGGAAGGUAGACAGACACAUACUGAGUGUGACUGUCCUAUGCAAGCUGGAGCCUGGUCUGGUUCUCUGGCUGGGCACUCUUAAGUCUCUGCCAGGUCAAGUUCUGGAACACUUGGAGAUCUUGAAUAACCGCUCAGGUAGUGUUAAGCUGCUCCCAGGCCAGCAGAGGGCGCAAAAGGGAAUUGGUCCAGAUUUCAGUGACACUGGAGUAGUCCAAUUUGCCCAUUUAUAAUCAGUACAGGGAGGGAUGGUCAGCUGCUUUGUCACCUGAGUCUUCAGUGCAUUCUUCAGGGUUCGCAUGGUGCUGUGACUUGUGGAAGCAGCAGCCUUCCUAGCAGGCCUGCCAUGAGGAAGGGGGUUCCUGGAGGCCUGGAGGAGAUAAGGGGUCCUGUCAACAUUAAACAUGUUUUCUCCUCUCUCACUGUUCUUUCUUCCGAGAUAGGUUAUUGCUGUGUAGCCUAGGCUGGCCUUACUCACAGUCUUCCUGAUACUGCCUACUGCUGAGAUUACAGGCAAGAUGACAUGGUUCUUUUUAAAAAAACAAACAUUUAUUUAUGGGGGUUGGCGGACAUUCCUCAGCGUGGAUGUUAGAAGACAGUGUGUGGUGUCCACGUGUUGUUCUCUCAUCAAUGUGUGUCUUCAUCAAGCACCUUUACCCAGUGAGCCAGCUCACCAGCCUGAAGAUGACAUGGAAUUCUCUCGUCUUCCAGAUCCCUGAUCACAGGUGUGCACUGCCAGUCCUGGGGGCUAAGGAUCCAACCCAGAGCACUGUCUGUCUGUCUGUGCCAGGCAAGCACUACCAACUACAUAUGUGUGUGCCAGGCAAGCACUACCAACUACAUAUGUGUGUGUGCCAGGCAAGCACUACCAACUACACUGCCUCCCCAGCCCCAGUGAUGUGACUAUGGAAGUCUUAGCUGAUCUACAUCAGAAGUUAUUAUUUAGCUCUGUCUGGUGUCUUAGACCUGAAAUCCUAGCAGUUGGGUGGCAGGCUGGAGGAUCAGGACCAGCCUUGGUUAUAUAGCAAGGUUAGUUAGCCUGAGCUACAAUGUGAUACUGCUUCAGGGGGAAAAAAGUUUUCCUUUAAAUAUUGUAUUGCUGGUAUCUGCUGAAUAUUGAAAUAAUUAUUUCCAGCACAUACAGACUCUAUUAAGGUAUAAAUUAUACCAUUUUUCCUUUAUUGGGUAGGUAUUGCCUCUUCUUUUUUGCUUUUUUUUUUUUAAACAAAUGUCUAAGACAUAGAUAAUUGUAAAUAAAUUCAGAUCUCUU